AUGGCCCCAAUGGUGACAUACGACGGAGUGAAAGGCGCUGAGGGUGGAACGAUAUUUAAAGAUGUCAAGUUUUGGGUAGCGCAACGAGUACCUAUAAGGUCUUCCCUGUUAGAACAAAUCAAACAAAACGGUGGCAGCGUAGUGCUUCUGGAAAAGCAAGCCGAUAUGCUUAUUGCGGAUCAUGCCAGACCAAAAGAUGCUCCACAAGGGUCAUACUCGUGGAAAUUCAUUGACGACUCUAUCAAGAAUGGCAUUGCACAAUUAAAAGAUAGAUAUCUAAUAGGCCGGCACCCAGAUGAGCCGAGGCGUGUGGGCAGCGGCCAACCCUCCAAAUCAACUCGUACCCCAUUUACUAAGGAGGACGAUGCAAGAAUCGCGAGAUGGGUCCUGGACCAUCCGACCGAGCAAAAGGGAAACAGGAUAUGGCAAGAAUACGAGCAAAUUAAUGGCCGACAUACGGCACAAUCAUGGCGCGAUCGCUAUGUCAAGAAAUUAGCAAUCCUUGACAGGGCCGCACUAGAACGUAUGGCAGCCUCUGCACCAGCGGAAACUUCACCAGAAAUCCGUAACACAGCUCAAGCCGAGCAAGCGCCCAGCGUGGCUGAAAGGAGCCUGCAACGGCCUGCUGCUCAGCAACCCCCCAAGCAAAAACAAAGGAAUGGCAGUUCGGAAAUCACACGCCCAAUGGAUACAGCGCCAGAGCCUGCGGAAGAAAUAUUGCUGCCGCCAACGCCUGAAGAGGCCGAACCCCCAAUCCAACAUCCCCCAGUUGUUGAUGAACUAGACGACAUGGGAAAAGAUGACUUCUACCGAGACCUUGAUGUCUGGCUCCGUUUGGAGGAGAAGGACAUCAAAAGACGUUGGAAUAUUAAUGGAACGCCCGUAGAGCUAUACGACUUGGCACAAGCUAUCCAAACUGCCCCUGUUCUCCCUGAAACCGGCACUGUCGACUGGGCAAAAGUCGCCGAAAAUUUGGAGUUUGCCGAUCCUGACAUACACUUGCUCAACGAGUUGCAACUCUUUUAUGAUGAAAGUCUCCAGGAGUUUUUGAACUCGGUUAGUGCUUUUGACACCGACGAGGAGGACGACGAUGAUGUAGACGAAGAGCCUCAAGGGGAGGAAGAACAUGCCAGAGACGAAGAGCCCGUCUCAGAUUCAGAGGCCAUAGUUUUUGAGGCGGCCCUCUCUCCGGGGAUCAACUGGGAAGAUGGCGAAGACGAAGACGAAGACCCGCCGCAAAGAUAUGAGCGAAGUUCGCCGCCAGUUGCGGUUUCUGGCCUCAAACGGUCUGCAGAUCAACGCGAGCUCACCUCACCUAGCAAUGCGAAGAAAAGGAGGCGCUACGACCCAGAUAUGGAAAUACCAACGACGCCAGAAACCGACGUGACUCCCGAGGCGGUUCCCGCGCGAGACCCUUCCCCCAGUGCUCUUGCGAGCUCUCAAUGGCGGGAUUAUGUCGGCGAAAGCGAGGCCUCGCAGCAUCUUCCUCCGCUUCCUCCUCUUGUAGAGGAAUCGCAAGAUCUUGGAAUGUCAGUAAUUCCUCAACGGGAACCUCUACAUCAAUCCGUGGAAAGCCCUCCUCUAGAGAACGAAACCAUGGAUUUCGAGCCAAUACCACUACAUCUGAACACAAGGCAAAAGGAGAGGCCGUCGGCUAGUAAACGCCGAGAACCACAGCCCAAGCCGUCGAGACAUCGUGACAACAGUUCGGCGCAUGAAACAACCCCUAGAAGGAAUAUUCCCUCAGUUAAAACAGCCUCAAAACCGGUUAUCCGAUCUGCAGUUCGACGCUCUCUUCCUGCGUCGUUCAACGCCCCCCAAAAUCCAACUCCUCAGAACCCCCAACGCCGCGACAACCCGCCUCGAGACUCAGAUAAAUCCAAUUCCCAAGCGAUCGAAGAACAGAUAUCACAAUACAUAUCAAAUGGAUACUCACGUCGCGUCGUUAUAGAAGCUCUUAAACGCACAUCUCUCAGGCCUGGGAAAAUGGCAGUUCUUGUCAUGCAGCACCUAAGCGAAGGCCGCAAAGUGCCAUCCAAAUACGAAGGAAUAUGGACAGACCGUGAUGACGCGGAUAUGGAAUUAUCAUUGAGCGUAGAUUUUAACCGAUCUCCUGCCAACGACAAGGAAGAGCAGAAUCAGGAGCUCGCCCAGAAGGCUCACAAUCGUCUUAUCCACAAACAUGGCAAGAAAGGGGUUAAACUAAGAAAGGACUUCCUGGAAGCGGAGAAAGAAUUGGGAAGACAAGGCCCGGAUCGUUAG